AUGCAGGAAAAUAAUAUUCACACCUCGUACUCAAAAUACAUCAUUGUGCAUCGCGGGAGUCAGAUGGUGUUUAUUGCCCUCCCGGCGGAGGCAAAGUGGAUAGAGGCCCGUCUCACAUACGCCGCACUAAUGAACUUGGAUCCUCAGCGAACGAUGCUGACGCCCUCAUUCACCUCUUUGAAUAAAGGCACCCCCUCUGUGUGCCCAGACAACGCACCCAUUAGGUGGGCUGCAUCGGAGGCUCUGCAUACCGUUGCCCUCGAAGCGUCGCCGGAUGGCACGUGGACGGCACUGAACAGCAGACUGCGACCACUCGAGUCGCAAAGGUGCGUGGCAGGCGGCUUUCCACUGGCCGUUUCGAAAUAUUUGGGUUCCACGCAGCCUAACGCGCAGCCAAAUCCGUAA